ACCUCCUUUGUUUUCUUCUCGUCUUCUUCCCCCCAGCCCUCUCAACGUUUUUUGUUUGUUAUAGACUUCUAGUUUACAAUACCCACACACACGCACCCAAAAGAUCUCUGGAAAACCCAUUCGUGAAAGAAAGAAGAUUGCAGAAACAAGAAAGAACAACCACAACUGCAACAACAAAGAGUUAUCAGCUAUGAAAAGCUCGCUGCUGCAGUGUAGCGACUGCUGCUUCCAUGGCCGCCAGCAAGAAAUUUCCUAGGCAGAUGGGUGAAAUCAUCCGGAAAAUCGCCCGGGUUGACAUCAAGUGGAGCGUCCUGGAACGGGUCUCUGUUUUCCGCCAGUUUUUCGAGUUCUUGUGGGAUAGGAUUCUCGCCUGUUCUAUUGGUAAGCCGCCCUCCAAAUACCGCCGCAUAACUCGUGCUGGGACGAAUACUUCGCCUUCUACUUCUUCUUCUUCUUCUUCUUCCACUUCGUCUUCGCCGCCCCAAGCCGGCGGCCCCGACUACGACUACGACGCUGUGCCUUUCGUCGAGGCGUGCACGACGAGUGGAACCGGCGAGCUCAACUCUUCCAACUCGGAUUUGGUGCCGCUGAAGAUCAGCUUGCUGGGUGAUUGUCAAAUCGGAAAAACUAGCUUCGUGAUCAAGUAUGUUGGGGACGAACAGGUGAAGAAGAGCUUGGAAAUGGCAGGGUUGAAUUUGAUGGACAAGACAUUGUUUGUUCAAGAUGCCAGGAUUUCAUUCAGCAUAUGGGAUGUUGGAGGAGAUAGCCGGUCGUUUGAUCAAGUCCCCAUUGCCUGUAAAGAUGCAGUUGCAAUUCUUUUCAUGUUUGAUCUCACCAGCAGAUGCACACUCGAAGGCUUGUGGCUGUGGGUUAAUCUAUCUUAUUCUUUUCUCUUGCAGACGGCUAUUCCCAUCCUGAUCGGGACCAAGUUUGAUGAUUUCGUCCGCCUACCUCCAAAUCUACAGUGGACUAUUGCAACACAGGCAAGGGCGUAUGCACGAGCGAUGAAGGCGGCGCUCUUCUUUUCGAGUGCGAAACACAACAUAAACGUGAACAAGAUCUUCAAGUUCAUCGCCGCGAAGGUCUUUAACUUGCCAUGGACGCUUGACAGGAACCUCACCAUUGGGGAGCCCAUUAUUGACUUCUGAUCUCUUUUCCUAUAUAGUUGCAUUUUACUAUUUUUAACUCUUCUUUCACGCAUUGAUGUAUUUUGUAUUCUCCUGUAAAUAGUAGAGAAAGAUAAGAAAGGAAAGUAGUAAGGAAAGCGGAAGAGUGAGUGAGAGGUCAGAUUGAGAGGAGGAGUCCUUUUUUCCAAGAUUGUUUGUUGCUUUCAUUUCUUCUUUGCUCUCUUUUGUUCCACCCUUCUGCUAACUUUAUGAUUUAUGAGCAUAG